CCGCUCGUGCCCCGGAGUCGCCGCCGGCCGCGGAUCCUGCACCAGCGGCGGGGGCUGCCGAGGAAGCCGAGUGCCCGCCGCCUCGCCAGCCUCAGGCCCCGCAGAAUGUCCUUGCUGCCCCGCGGCUUCGAGCCCCAAGUUCCCGAGGACUUGGGGCAGCGGAGUUUGGUGGAGCUGCGGGAGAUGUUGAAGCGCCAGGAGAGACUUUUGCGCAACGAAAAAUUCAUUUGCAAAUUGCCCGACAAAGGUAAAAAAGUGUUCGACAGUGUUGCCAAACUGAAAGCUGCCAUUGCAGGACGUGAAGAAGUUAGAGGAGUAAGUGAACUCUUUCAUCCUGUUAGUUUAGACUCUACACUAAAGCAAAAAGCAAAUGCAGACAUUGAUGUGGACAUAGACAAGACCCAAAAUCCUGACGAGAUACUUGAUACUUCAUCCCUAGUUCCUGGCUCUUCCUCUGUAGAUACCAUCAAAUCUUCUCCAACAGCCUCACCCAAGCACGGACUUGUACCUCCUCACGCUGGUGAUGAAGAGCGUCAAGAGGCUGAGCCCCCCGUGAACAGGUGCCCAGCUGCCAGCCCCAGGGCCAGGGUGCUGUCCUCCUCUGAAGCCAGAGAGCAUUCCUCCCCACAGAGUGCUUCAAGUCAAGUGGAAGACGCUUCCAGCAGCCUUGAUAGUCUGUUUCUUGACAAAUUACAAAGGAUCACAAUUUCAGACCAAGGUGAACACCCCUCCAAAGCAAACACAAGGACCGAGAACUUAACGGCCUUUAGUAGCAGGACUCAGAGGAAGCCUCAUUACAUGGAAGUGCUGGAAAUGCGAGCCAAAAACCCAGUGCCAACAGCACAGAAAUUUAAAACCAAUGUGUUACCCUCCCGGCAGAGUGAAUUACCUGGUCACCAGCACAGGGGAGUGUCUCCUUUGGCCUCAGAAGAGCGACUGCGCAGGGACAAGCAGCAUCUUGAUGACAUCACAGCAGCUCGACUUCUCCCACUUCACCAUAUGCCCACACAGCUGCUCUCUAUGGAGGAAUCUUUGACACUUCAGAAACAGCAGAAGCAGAACUAUGAGGAGAUGCAAGCAAAGCUCGCAGCACAAAAAUUAGCUGAAAAACUGAAUAUUAAGAUGCAGAGUUACAAUCCAGAAGGAGAGUCUUCGAGGCAGUAUCGGGAAGUAAGGGAUGAAGAUGAUGACCAAUCCUCAGAUGAUGAAUGCUGACGAUGGCCGUUGGGAUCAUCUCCUAAAUCUGACUGUUAAUGUCACCGUCUCACAUCAGACUUUCUAAGUAUCAAGAUCAAUGUCAGACAUUGUUGGGGAAAAGAAUUAUGUGACCUUACCAAGGGUAGCUAUGAACAAAAGCCCAGUUUGUCUUUCAGAAGAUGAAUUUCAUGUGCUUGAAGUUUAAUAUUUGAAUAUUGUGUCUAUUCACAUUGUAUUAAAAUUUUGCAGUAUGUUGUGCAUCGGUCUGAUAUUUUAGUAUAUAGUAGAAAAAUUUUUUUCUUUGAGCCAAAUGAAAGCAGAUAAUUUUGCUUUAUUCUUUUACCUCUAUCAAACAGCAUUUAUUACAUCUUUUAUUAUGUCAGUGAAAUAUUUAGUCAUCCCAGGCACCUGAAGUAUUAGGAAGACCUAGUUCCCUCCUUUUUUUAAAUAACAAAGGGAUCAGUCUGGAAAAUUGUGUGCAUGUUUGCAUGGGGUUAUUGAGAUACUGGAUGUGAAAUACCUAGAAAGAUA